AUGAGGGCCCUUAAGUGGCUGUUCCUCCUCUUGCUGUUUGGGGAAGCCACAGGGGACUCUGGAGAUGAUGAAGUCCCUGAAGAAGUGAUAGGGGUCCUGCAUGAGUCCGUCAGCCUGCCCCUGGAGAUAGAACCCAGUGAAGAGGUGGAGAACGUCUUCUGGUACUCCUCCCAUGUCAGCUUGGCCAUCCUGGUGCCUGGGGAACAGGGCCACCAUCCCAACAUCACAGUGACCAAUGUGUGCUAUGAGGGCCGAGUGGACUUUGGGGAGCCCUCCGGCUACUCCUUGCACAUCUGCAAUCUGAGCUGGGAGGAUGAGGGCUCAUUCAAGGAGCAGAUCAACUUGAGGAUGGCACAGCUCUCCCUGCAGCAGUGUUUCUAUCUACAGUCUACAGUGAGUUUACAGCUCUCUGCUUCUUGGUUUUCUUGGCAGGGAUGGAGGACAACUUUCAGAACUUGGGGGCUGCAGGCCAAAAGGUCUGGAAGGGGGUGCUUCCAGUGGCCCACUGACACCUUAUCGGAGCCUCAGAUUGGAGUGAAUUUCAUCAUCUCAGAGGACGGCACUUGCAACGUAUCCUUGACCUGCUCCGUAGAGAAGGCUGACUUGGGCGUGACUUAUAUCUGGAUGACCCUUGGGGAUGGCAUGGAUUCAGUCCAAGAAGGCCCUUUCCUCAGAGCAUCCUGGAGGCUGGGCAAUAAAAGCCUGUCCUAUAUCUGCAGGGCCAGCAACCCAGUCAGCAUUGUGAGCUCCCGGCCCAUCCCUGCUGGGCCUUUCUGCACAGGUCCUGGUAAGCCCUCUGAACAGGUACAGACCAUCUGCCUCCUGGCCAAGGGGUUUCUCCUGCUGCUGCUGUUGGUGGUGCUCGCCUUGGGGCUCUGGCACAGUUGGGAUUGUGGGAGCAAGAGCCGCCAUCUUCUGGAAUUGAAGAGACCCCGGAGAAACCGAAUGAAGCUGAUAAAGACGGGCCAGAGAAACCCCAAUCCUGUCUAA